AUUUUGUUAAGAUUAAAUUUAAAUUACAAUAAUUUUAAUUUUACCAACCAUUAAUAAAAUCAUCUGCUUGUAGCCCACAGCGGUUCUAACUUGUGUUGCAACAGAAAAUAUUUAACUUACAUACAACUUUUAUUGAGGUCCAAUGUAUUUUACGAAAGAAAUGGUUAAAGUAAACAGCAGCACCUCCAUUGUGUCCAUUGUCAGCACUUUUUCGGCAAUUUGUUGCUCUUGUCUUUGUUGUGGCUGUCGAUGUUAGGCCAAACAGAACCAAAAUUUUUUUUUAACUAUUAUAAUAACUUAAGAAAAAAAAACAUAUUUAUAUAUAAAAAUGGACAAGAAAACCAGUACACAAAAUAUUCAUGAGAAUAUUUUAUUAAGGGUUAAUAAAAAGCUCACAUUAAAAAUUUAUGUUGCUUAUGGAUUGGGUCAUAUCCUCAAUGAUGUGUGUUCAGCCAUGUGGUUCAGCUAUCUUCUAGUGUUUUUUCAACUGGUUUUAGGAUAUAGUACCACCGACGCCGCGGCCUUACUAUUGGUAGGCCAAGUAGCUGACGCAGUGGCCACACCUAUAGUAGGCUACAACUCCGAUAAAAACCACGACUGGUGGAUUUACAAAUUCGGAAAACGAAAAAUAUGGUAUUUUAUGGGUACGAUAUGCGUCCUGGUUGCGUUUCCCUUCAUAUUUUCCCCCUGCAUUAAUUGCCAAGACGCUCCGAGACUCAAUCGAAUGAUUUACUACUCGUUUUUCGUCGUGAUGUUUCAAUUUGGAUGGGCUGCCGUACAAAUUGCCCACUUGUCGUUGAUUCCCGAAAUAACUUCCAAGGAACAUGAAAAAACACGUUUGGCCGCCAUUAGAAAUGGUGGUACCGUGGUGGCAAGUGUUCUGGUGUACUUAGUGACUUGGAGCAUACUUCAUAUAUCAGGAGGUAGUGAGAACCAAAUAGAUAUAUCAUAUGCUUCAAGGUUUCAGCAUAUUGUUUGGUCUGUGAUGGCCUUUGGCACUGUAUGCUCAAUAACAUUUUAUGCUAUUAUUAAAGAACCUGAGAGCAAGAAGUUCAAUAAUCAAGAAGACUUUUCAGCAAAGGUUAGUUUUAAGCAAGUCUGCCUGGAUGUAAAAUUAUAUAUAGUGGGAACAGUAUACAUGUCCUCGAGGCUCUUUAUCAAUUUAACCCAAGUUUUCAUAAGUUUAUAUUUAGCUAAAAGUUUAACCAUGGUUGCCAGUUCUUUAGCAAUAGUUCCUUUAGUAAUGUACAUUUCCAGUUUUGCUGCCUCAUUUCCUGUAGGACCCUUAACUCAAAGAGUUGGAAGGAAGAUUGUUUAUAUUAUUGGAGCAUGCUUCGGCUUAGUUGGAUGUUUAUGGAUUCAAUGGGGGCAAGAUGAUUUAUACAAAAACUAUUUUAUUUUCGUAGUUGCAUUUUUCUUGGGCAUGGCGAGUACUAUCGUCUUAGUAGCCAGUCUUGAUUUUACAACUGACUUUAUUGGUUCUUCGACCAACAGAGGAGCAUUUAUUUAUGGCAUAAUGAGCUUUGCGGAUAAAAUGGCCAAUGGGAUCGCCGUUGAAAUAAUUCAAGUAAUCUAUGACGACUCAAACAUAGAUUUUUAUAAAAAUGUACUGACUUAUGUGUGCGGUGGAGCAUUGAUUUUGGGCACUCUCUCUGCUCUUUUAGUGAAUAGUAGCAAAGUGCAGAGGAAGAGAAAUAGACAUAAAUCUACUGAUACUUUGACUGAAUCGAUUUCUACUGUUAGUCAGACUGUUUAGUUUAUUUGUGAUGGUAUUAAUAAAUAAGCUUUUUAUUUUACAUAUAA